CACAAGGAGGCCUAUGGGAGCCUGCGUCGGCUCCACCAAUAGAGUCAAAGCAGGGGGCGUGGCGGGAGGUUUGAAACUCGGCGUCGGGAGUUGAGGCUCGAGCUGCUGUGCGCCCAAAAGACGAAUCGGGGCCUGGCGUCCCCUCCUCGCCCCGGGCCGGGCCCUGCCCCACCUUAUUCUUCCCGGUUGGGAUGGGCUCAGCCAAGAGCGCCCCAGUCACUCCGGCGCGGCCUCCGCCGCACAACAAGCUUCUGGCCCGAGUGGCGGACCCCCGUUCACCUAGCGCCGGCAUCCUGCGCACUCCCAUCCAGGUGGAGAGCUCUCCACAGCCAAACCUGCCAGCAGGGGAGCAGCUGGAGGGUCCCAGUCAGGCCCAAGACUCAGAUCCCCGCUCACCUACCCUUGGCAUUGCACGGACACCUAUGAAGACCAGCAGCGGAGAACCCCCAAGCCCACGGGUGAAACAGCUGAGUGAAGUAUUUGAGACCGAAGCCCCCAAAUCGAAUCUGCCCCCAGAGCCUGUUCUGCCCUUAGAGGCAACUUCAUCUUCUGAAUUGGACUUGCCUCUGGGCACCCAGUUUUCCCUUGAGGACCAGAUGCCACCCUGGAGCCAGACUGAGCUCCCCUCCAAGCAGGUGUUCUCCAAGGAGGAAGCAGGACAACCCUCAGAAACCCCCAUGGCCAGCCAGGGCUCGGACAAGCCCUUGAGAGACCCUGAGACUCCCCGAUCUUCAGGUUCUAAGCACAAUAGACGGAAAGCAAAUGGCAAGGUACUAGGGAGAUCUCCCCUCACAAUCCUACAGGAUGACAACUCCCCUGGAACUCUGACACCACGACAGCCUCCUUAGUUCCAGACUUUGAGGAAGCUGUCCCAGGAGCCAGUGGCCACAGCCAUCCCAUCAGCUGUGACCCCCAGGCAGCUGACCCUGUUGUCAUGGCCAGAAAGGAUGCCUGAGGAAGAGAGAGAGGAGUCAGCCUGUUUGCCCAUGCUGCUUUGGCAGAGAGUGCAUGUGUGUCUGCAGGAAUCCUAGGUUAGAUUGGCCAUGGACUCAGCCUCUGGUGGGGACUCAACGAGGAUUACCCUAAGGGGCAGGGUUUCUCUUGAGGCCAGUCUCUGUGGAGGGCGGGGUGGGGGGCGGGGAGGGACAGGUGAGGUUGGCAGUGUCGGUGUGCUAUGAAAAAAGCAAGGAGCACCUUGAUGGGCACUAGAAAAUGGGGAGGUUGCUCUUUAGUCUCAUUCCUGAGUCUCCAAAUGAAGAGACUGAGGCCCCAAGAGAAGUGACUUGCCCAAGGGCCCUCAGAUCCUAAGCAACAGAAUUCAGAUUUGGAUCCUGACUCUCUGGCCAGUGUUAUUUUCAUUCAGCGCCUGGCCUCUCCCAAGAGAAGCCACACUAUCUGAUUCAGCUUCAGACCAGGGUGGUCCUAGUUAAGCCCCAAGGUUGGGGUCACGCUAGAUCUCCUUGAUUCUGCUUAUUAAAGUUCCCUGAGAUUGCCCUUUCCUCCAGUGGAUGCCCCUGACACUUCAGAGGCCCUGGAAAUCCAGAAGUGACUGGACAUUCAAGGUCCCCAGGUCUCGGGUGACACAGGAGCUCCUUUGGCAGGAAGCAACUAGAGCAUUGGGCGGUGGAGAAGGGCCACUAGAGAUGAUGGUCUAGGUUGGGAACCAAGGGGGAUUGGAUUCUAGGGCUAGAGCUCAGAGUCAUCCAGUAAUUGGGAGCAGUAGAAAGA